CAGUGGAACGCUGUUGCCCUUUGGGCGUGGGACAUCGUCGUCGAUAACUGCGCUAUUUGCCGCAACCACAUCAUGGACUUGUGCAUCGAGUGCCAGGCCAACCAGGGCGCCGAGAGCGAGGGCUGCACCGUCGCGUGGGGGAUCUGUAACCACGCAUUCCACUUCCACUGCAUUUCGCGCUGGCUCAAGACGCGUCAAGUCUGCCCUCUCGACAACCGCCAGUGGGAGCUUCAGCGCUAUGGCCGGUAG